GUUGAAGUGUCCACAAAACACCCGGACGAUCACAACGGAGAAGAAUGGUCCGAAAACCUUGUAAUAAAACCCAAGAUGACCAAACUACCCCUAUCUAUAUAUAACGGGACCUCCUCGUCCCUUUUUCGUUAUCCUCUUCCUCCGUGGCAUCGCCGCCCUGCCUGCCUGCUAGUGAGAUAAAGAAAAAGCGUUGUAGAUAGAGAGAGAUGCUACCAGAACAAUGGACUCAACCUUGUGGCAAUCAAUGCACACAAAAAUUCUCAGCUCUCACGCAGAUUCCUUGGAGAGUAUUUUGCAAGAAGGGCUGCGGCACUGAUGGGGAGACGUGGGAAGAUUGCUUGGACGAGUGCAAUGAAAUAUGUUACAAGGACCCUGUACUCAAGGACCGGCAGUGGACUGCAUACAUUGACCGAUCUCCUGGAUCUGCCAGUUACUCUGAGGAAUGUUUCAAAGCCUGUAAAGCUGGUUGUGGUUACAAGUUUGAGAUUCACCCAGGGGAAGUUGAUAAGGCUCGUCCAAACAGGCCAUGCAAUCCUCCCCCUUCUGAGAAACCACCCCCUGUUCAGAAACGACCUCCACAAGCUGUCAAGCAUGGUGAACCUACUGAAGAUGUACCGUGCACUUCUGCGUAGCGACAAAAAAGAUGGGGGAAGAAAAGAGACCCUUUUAGUGCCAGUUAAUUUGUUAACUAAAUAGUCUGAUCGAGGAUUCUUAUUUCUAUUGGUUCUGAUUAAGGAUCUUUCCAGUUCCUGGGCCCCUUUUCUGUUUGCAGAAAAGCUUACAGUUUUGGUCCCUCUUCUGUCCCUUGUUCAGUGCCUGAAGGUUCACAGCACUUGACAUCUGGUUUUCCAGAUUUUUGAUAGGAUAGCUUGGAUAACUUAACUGUAGAGUUGAUAACCUUUCAAUUUUGCUGCUGACACAUACAUGCAUAGAUUACUUUGGACGCUGCAUAGGUUAAAAAUGUAUUCUCUAAGAUUUUGAGAGAGAAAACACACCAGGAUUCUGUUUAUUUCAUCAAACAGAUGUGAGAACCGUGGAGGAUCAGCUAAAGCUUUAGCAGAGAUAGCAGUGAUUUUCACUGUGCCCACUUUUAUCA